UUCAGCUCUAGCUAAAACGCCAAGCCGGCUAUUUCUCAACUGUCUACGCUACACCGGGGGUGGCAUUUGUUUUGUUUAAAGAGCAUUCCGGUACAGAAGUUAAAAACGUAUGUGGAAGCGGGACCACGGCAAAAAAGCACCACCAAACGGUAUCCAUGGUUUAUGAAAUCAACGCAUCUAAAGACUUCCGAGAGAGCCCUCCCGCAGAGUCGUGGCUGUGACGCGCCGACAGCCUUCCUGAUGGAAUCAAACAACGAUGUUGCCCUGGACAUUAUCAUUACCAACGUGGUCGCCGUGUUCAGAACGCGGUGCCACUUGAACCUACGCACGAUCGCACUGGAGGGAACAAACGUCAUCUACAAGCCCGAAGUUGGGAAAGUGCUGAUGAAGCUUAGGAAGCCCAGGAUCACGGCUUCCAUAUGGUCCUCAGGAAAAAUAAUUUGCACAGGAGCUACCAGUGAAGAAGAAGCGAAAUAUGGAGCUCGUAGGUUGGCCCGCUGCCUGCAGAAGCUGGGUUUCAAGGUGAAAUUCACAGACUUCAAGGUCGUUAACGUGCUGGCCGUUUGCUCAAUGCCCUUUCAAAUCCACCUGAUUGAGUUUACAAAGAGCAACAGACCCAUUGCCAGCUAUGAGCCUGAGCUUCACCCUGCUGCGUCAUACCGGAUCAAAACCCUGCGAGCGACGGUGCAGGUCUUCUCCACCGGCAGCAUCACAGUAACAGGACCAAACGUCCGACAGGUGGCCAGCGCUGUGGAGCAGAUCUAUCCUCUGCUGUUCGAGUGCAGGAAGACUCCCAGAUAAACACUAUGCUGCUCUGUUUUUAACGUGAAAGCACCUUGAGGGGUUAGACAGACAGAGGACGCAGAAGUGCCGCUGCAGCGCUCUCUGUGGAAUUAAAGUUUUUCAACCCGAUUGCACUGCUGGCCACGCCCACUCAGUGAUGUCAUUACAAGUAUUCUGCCCUUAGCUGUCUGUGGAAUAAUACCUGCUGUGACAUCACAGAUGUAGGUGUGGCCAGUGAUUUUUAGCCCACAGGGAGCACUGCAACAGCAGUUUUUUGGCCUGUGUUGGCUAACUCUUUAAACCCCUGGAUGUUUUCUAAGCUUUUAUCAUGUGAAAUGGUCUCCGUUAAAGGGGGGGGGGGGUGGGAUUGGGGAGGGGGCUUCCACCAGUGUGUUGGGGUCCGCGUGUAAAAGAGGUUUCCGGAGCCGUCCUCACGCAGGUGACGCGCGCCGACCCCCCCUCACGCUGGGUUUCCGCGGCGACGCUUUCGCGGAGCUUGCAUGUCAAAGUUCCCCUUCGUUCUUGCGUUGUCAUGUUUUCAUGCAUGAGCACCAAAGAAAGAUUUUUUUAAAAACGUUUUUUUUUUAAAAAAAGGUGAUAUUGGUCUCAAAUACAGAUUCCCAGAACUUGAGACGGGUGCGUUUCACCGAAAUCGAGGAAAGCGGGGACACUCAAAUCUGGGGCCAGUAGUGCUGCAGGUGAUCGCUCCUCCCCUCUAACCAGGGGCUGAUUAACACCUGACACAUCAGGUGAGUGUACAUAACCUCUGGCCAACCAGGGACAUUGUUGGACUUUUUACUGUCAGUGCAGAAGAGAAAACCAGCAGCACUGCCGACCUCGUGGCCCAGAUUUCAGCUUCCUUGGAGUGAAUCUUUGAGUCAAGAGUGUCCCAUUUUACCCAUUCAUAUUUCAGUGUCUUUACUGGACACAAUGUAAAUAUACUGUAAAGGCUUAGGAGCGGUCCCUGUCACUCCUGCGUCAGACACUUGGUGAAAUGAAUAUAACUUAAUGGGCGGGUGGGGGAGGGAGGGUGUGGCUGUGGAAGUGUUAAAUAUUUACCUGGUAAAAAUCCACAGAAACUGGAACCGAAGGAGAUGUCGUUCAGUUUGUUGAUGUAAUACGUUUACUUUUGUAUUUUGUACAAUAAAAAAACAAAAAAAAAAAACAGACUCGAA